AUAUCAGUCACUAAGUGAUCGCCAGAGAGUUAACAACAAACAACAAAGCAUAAAGGAAUCGCGCGCGUUUCUCAAAAUAAAUUCAAAUCCUCGGGCCACUAUUAAGUGACAAAGCAACAGUUAUUUAAACACACAUGCCACAUCGUUUAAGCAAUUGCCAUAUGAUCAUUAAUAUUUAUUACUAAUUGCUGUAAGUUCUUUUGUUUACUUGCAAUCCGCGCGCGCGAUUUUGGCGGUUUUAGUCCGUGCGAUUUGUUGGUGAUAAUUAACGAACAGGUGCCAAAAAUCAAAUUGUGUCAAUGUUAAGAUCAAACAAAUUGGUCAACGCAUGAUCAAAUAAAGCCAAACAUUGUGAAAAAAAAAUAAAUAAAUUGAAUAUUUAUUCAAAUUAACAAACAGUUUUCAGAGAUGACCGAUAACAAGGCGUAUACGCCGGACUCGGAACCGGCAUCAACGCAAUCCCAGCCACCAGCUUACACCAGUUCUGUCGGAUCCUUGAAUGACUUCAAUUCCAAGGCCAAUUUAACGGAAAAGGAUCAACUGGAGAAUGCGGACUACAACCCCUUUGACAAUCGUGAUCCUAAUGGCUCCAGCUCUGGCGGCGCUUUGGCGCAUUUGCUUAAGAGUUCUCUGGGCACUGGAAUUCUGGCCAUGCCUAUGGCCUUCCAUAAUGCUGGUCUGGUCUUUGGCUCUGUAAUGACCCUGAUCGUGGGCUUUCUUUGCACCCACUGUGUUCACAUUUUGGUGAGAACAUCCCACAACAUUUGCAAAGAUGCCAAAGUACCUUCAUUGGGUUUUGCCGAAACUGCUGAAAAGGUCUUCGAGUAUGGACCUAAAGGAAUCCGCCGCUAUUCAAAUUUUGCCAAGCAAUUUGUGGAUAUUAGCUUGAUGGCAACCUACUAUGCUGCCGCCUGUGUGUACAUGGUCUUCAUAGCAACCUCAUUCCACGAUGUCAUCAACUAUGACGUCGGACUCAAAUGGGAUGUGCGCAUCUACAUCGCAAUGACUGUGAUACCCUGCCUGUUCAUCGGUCAGAUCAGAAGCCUCAAGUGGCUGGUUCCCUUCUCGUUCAUGGCCAACGUGUUUAUUGUGGUCACCUUUGCCAUCACACUGUACUACAUGUUCGAUGAGCCUCUGGUCUACUCUGAUAAGCCACUGAUCGCGCCAGCUGCGCACAUUCCGCUCUUCUUCGCCACGGUGAUCUUUGCUAUGGAGGGUAUUGGUGCAGUUAUGCCUGUCGAGAACUCAAUGAAGAAGCCCCAGCAGUUCCUUGGUUGCCCCGGUGUGCUCAAUACUGCCAUGAUCACUGUCGUCCUUUUGUACGCUGUCAUUGGAUUCUUUGGAUAUGUGAGAUUCGGCGAUGAGGUGCGAGGCAGCAUUACACUCAAUCUUCCCGAAGGAGACUGGCUCGCAGAUUGUGCCAAGCUGUUGAUGGCGGUUGCCAUUCUCUUCACCUACGGUCUGCAGUUCUACGUACCUAAUGAGGUUCUGUGGCGCAAGAUUCAACACAAAUUCAAGCCUGAGAAUCACAACAUCACCCAAAUUCUGUUGCGUACCGGCAUUAUCCUUGUCAGUGGUGGCGUCGCAGCUGGCAUUCCCAAUCUGGAACCAUUCAUUAGUUUGGUCGGCGCCGUCUUCUUCUCGCUGCUCGGCAUUUUUGUGCCCAGCUUUGUGGAGACCGUUUAUCUGUGGCCUGAUCGUCUUGGCUGGGGCAAAUGGAAGCUGAUCAAGAACAUUCUGCUUGGCAUCUUCGCCAUUCUGGCGCUCAUCGCUGGCGCUGCUGCCAGUAUUGAUGAAAUGAUUAAUCCAAAGACAGAGGAUUAAAAGCAAAUCUAUUGUCACAAAGAAGUUCUGCCACGACACUUAAGUAGUAUUAACUGAGAUGCAGGUGCUCCAUUUGGAGAGCGAGAAUAGAAUUCAAACAACAGCAGCAAACUUUGAAAAUGUGCUAUGUUGAACAUGGCUAAACAGCUGCCGCUGGGACUGCAUUAACUAGAUGAUAUUAAUUCUUAAGCUUUAACACCGAUCACACCCGCACACAUAUGUUUGUCUUAUGUGUGCUUAGUAAGUAUCAGUACCUGCAACUGUACCAUAUCUACAUUUAUUUAUGGGUAUAACAUAAAUAUGUAUUUGUAUGUGCUAUUUUAAUGAGAACGCAAUCCAUAGAAUUUAUAAUACUACAUUUUAAGCAAAACAAAUAGAAACACAUUAUUUUCUACGCGUUGACAUAACAAAUUAAAAAUGUUUUACAAAAUAAA